AUGUUAUCAACCACAGCAUCUGGUGUUACAGUUUCUGACAUUUGUAAAACAACAUAUGAAGAGAUAAAAAAGGAUAAAAAAUAUCGUUAUGUUGUUUUCUUUAUUCGAGAUGAAAAACAAAUUGAUGUAGAAGUUAUAGGCGAUAGAAAUGCCGCAUAUGAUCAAUUUUUAGAAGAUUUGCAAAAGGGUGGUACCGGUGAAUGCCGUUAUGGACUUUUCGACUUUGAAUACACUCACCAAUGCCAAGGAACUUCAGAAGCGUCAAAGAAGCAAAAGUUAUUUUUGAUUUCCUGGUGCCCUGACACUGCCAAAGUUAAAAAGAAGAUGUUGUACUCUUCAUCUUUCGACGCCCUGAAAAAAUCAUUAAUUGGGGUCCAAAAAUAUAUUCAGGCUACGGAUCUGUCUGAAGCAUCUCAGGAAGCUGUGGAAGAAAAACUUCGUGCCACAGACCGGCAGUAA